CUCCCAAAUCAUUCCACAAAGCUUUCUUCUCAACAAUGGCAUCGAAGAUGGCUUCCACAGUGUUUUUCCUGGUUUACACGCUUUUAAUCAGCACGAGUUUCUGUCAUGGACGACAAGAGAAGCCUUCUGCAGUGGUCGUGCGGGGAACUGUGUUCUGCGACACCUGCUCACAAAACAGGCUCUCUGACUCUAGUUAUUUCAUAUCUGGUGCGCGUGUAGCAGUGGAAUGCACUCUGAACAGGAGAAGCAGAAGCUCAAUCCGUGUGGAGGGAGAAAGUGAUGAGAAAGGAGAGUUCAGAAUAGAUGUUCCAUCAGAGUUCCUUUCAAAGUGCAGGGUAGAGCUGAUAAGCAGGCCUGAUGAUUCAGAAUGCAACGUCCCAUCAAUCUCCACACCUUCCAAGAUCACUCUAAUAUCAGCUGAGGAAGGAGUCCGUACCUACAGUGCUGGGUAUUUAAGCUAUCGCCCAGAAAAUGUUCCCACAGCAUGUAUGAUGGAAGAUACGCUCAACUUAUUUGUACGUGGUAGGGAAAUGGCAGAGACUCCUAAAACCUCAAAAGAUACAGUAUCCCCACCUUCUCUACCCACAAUUCCUACCAUCCCUACUACUUUCCCACCACUUCCUUUGGCACCUCCUCUCCCUGGAGUCCCACCCUUUCCUAGGGCCCCUCCUCUCCCUGGUUUCCCACCAUUGCCUCUCGCUCCUCCCUUUGGUGGUUUCCCACCCUUGCCUCAAGUUCCUUCAAUAAGCAUUCCUUCCCUUCCUAGUUUUGGUUUUCCACCACUUUCUCCCUUUGCCUUCAGCUUUCCUCCCAUCCCAUUCCUUACCCCACCUUCUCCCUCUAAGUAGUCCAUUUGUUCUUAUGUCGAUUUUACUUUGUGGGUUUGUGUGAACUUGUGUCGUGUUUAUGGUAGACAUAUAUAGUCUAAGUGAUUGAUGUUACAUUUCAUUGUUAUUGUAGAUGUCCUUAUAUCCAAGAUGAUUCUUGGUGUUUUAGAAUGGAGCUUUAGCUUCCUUGCGUUUUCCAUGAGUAUGAUCAUGUUAUAGUCCAUUGUUAUUGUAGAUGUCUUUGUAUCCAAGAUGAUUCUUGGUGUUUUAGAAUGGAGCUUUAGCUUCCUUGGGAUUUCCAUGAGUAUGAUUUCUAUUUGAUCUAUUUGGUAUGAAUAAAUAUAUAGCAUUUUGUCA